UGUCGGCGGUGUUUGUGCGGGCCGUCUCAGCAGCAACAAUGCAGUUUUUAAUGAUGCGCUGAGCUCGCUCACAGCCUCUUCCGGACCAUCGAGUCGUACAAAAUUAACACAAGGGAGGAUUUACGAGUUGACAAACCUUCGUAGCGGCUGUGGUUGAUUCACUAGGACAUCCCGGAGGGUGUCAGAGGGUUCCCUUUCCCCUGGCCCACCAUCCAGAGGACUCUCUACAGAGGGUUCAGAAAAUGGUUAGACUCUGGAUGAAAGCAAUGGGCCACCCAGUUUCACCAGCCUUUGAGCCGCCAUGCCCACCCCUCAUCACCCGUUGAGGGGCACCCCUCAUCGGAAGGGGAACCUUACUUGAUGUGGAACGCCUCCUGAUAGAAAUGGCCUCAGCUUGUUUCGGGUGUCAAACUGUAGGGUACAUAUCAGAUUACAGGUGAAGCUGGGUUCUCAGACAAUCCGCCCUCAGGACCCAGAAGAGGAGGUUUGAAUCCAGCUUUGAUGAUAUAGUAUCCAUCCACCUGCCUGACAAGGUCGAAUCAUGGCUGCUGCAGAACAUAUGAUUGAUUCCUUGGUAAGACAAGGAGCAGAUUAAGAAAGUUUAAAAAUAAAAAAUAAAAAAAAAAAAUGCAGCGCAACGGUGGCGGAUUAGGAUCCGGUGGACAGCCAUGGGUGUUAAGGCGUGUGCGUCUCACCUGGCUAAGCUUCAUGCUCUUCUUUAUCCUGGUUUUCUUCCCGCUCAUUGCCCACUACUACCUCACGACCAUCGAUGAAGCCGGGAGUCCCGAUAAGCGGAUAUUCGGGCCCCGGCCUGGUGGCGAACUGUGCGAGGCCAAACACGUGCAAGACCUGUGCCGCAUACGUGAGUCCGUCAGUGAAGAGCUGCUGCAGCUGGAGGCCAAGCGGCAGGAGCUCAACGGGGAGAUUGCCAGGCUCAACCUACGCAUUGAGGCCUGCAAGCGGAGCAUUGACAGUGCCAAGCAGGACCUACUGCAACUGAAGAAUGUCAUCAGCCAGACGGAGCAUUCGUAUAAAGAACUGAUGGCCCAGAAUCAGCCAAAGCUUUCGUUACCGGUCAGGUUACUUCCUGACAAAGAAGACCCAGGGCUCCCACCCCCCAAAUCUUCCCGCUCUUGCCGCCUGCACACCUGCUUUGACUAUGCUCGCUGUCCCCUCACAUCCGGAUUUCCUGUUUAUGUUUAUGAUGCGGGGUCCUAUCCAUGGGGGGAGUAUAUUGACCCACUGGUGAAGCAGGCUUUUGCCAUGUCGGUUAAGAGCAAUAUUUAUGUAACUGAUAACCCCACCGUCGCCUGUCUGUAUUUGGUUCUGGUUGGGGAGCUACAGGAGUCUCCCACAUCCCCACCUCCAAAUCCUUCCGAUUUAGAGAAGCAACUAAAAGCUCUUCCUUACUGGCGAUCAGAUGGACACAAUCAUGUACUGGUGCAUCUUUCGAGAAAGUCCACGACGCAGAAUUUCUUGUAUAAUGUGAGCACAGGGCGGGCAUCAGUUGCUCAGUCCACUUACCUGGAGCAGCAGUACCGUGAAGGCUUUGAUUUGGUCGUUUCCCCACUGGUGCAUGCCCUCUCUGAACCCAACUUCUUGGAAGUGCCUCAUCAGGUACCGGUGAAAAGGAAGUAUCUCUUCACAUUCCAAGGGGAGAGGGUAGAGUCACUGAGGAGCAGCUUGCAGGAGACUCAUCCUCAGUCAUUUGAGGAGGAGAUGGAAGGAGAUCCACCAGCUGACUAUGACGAUCGCAUCAUCGGCACCUUAAAAGCAGUACAGGAUAGCCAUUUGGAUCAGGUGCUUAUAGAGUUCACCUGUAAAAACCCUAAGCCCAGUUUGCCAACGGAGUGGUGUCUUUGCGGAGAGCGAGAAGACAGGCUGGAGGUACUCAAGGCAUCUACGUUUGCCUUGGUGAUUGCGCCGGGCGAUGGUCAGCUGGUAGCCUCAGCAGGUUGCGGAAUGAGGCUUUUUGAGGCUCUAGAGGUAGGGGCCAUCCCCGUGGUGCUCGGAGACCACUCCAAACUACCUUACCACCAGUUUAUUCGAUGGAGCGAAGCUGCCAUAAUGGUGCCUAAGCCUCGUGUGACAGAGCUACACUUCCUGCUGCGCAGCCUGUCAGACAAUGACAUGUUGGCUAUGAGACGACAGGGACGCUUUUUGUGGGAGACCUACUUCUCCACCUCAGAGAACAUACUUAGUACUAUCCUGGCUAGCAUUCGCACGAGGAUCCAGGUUCCUGCUGCACCCAUAAAUGAAGAGCCUGCGCAAGAGAUCCCCCACAAAGCAGGUAAAAUUGCGGGAACUGAUGCCAACCUUGCAGACAACGGCGAUCUUGAUUUGGGUCCCGUGGAGACGGAGCCACCCUACGCUUCUCCACGCUUUCUCCGCAACUUUACCUACACCGCUGUGGACAUCUACCGAACGUGGAACAGCGCUCCCGGCCCUUUUCAUUUGUUUCCCCACACUCCUCUGGACCCUGUUCUGCCUUCUGAAGCCAAAUUCCUAGGUUCGGGUACUGGUUUCAGGCCCAUUGGCGGGGGCACCGGAGGAUCGGGGAAGGAGUUCCAGGCAGCCUUAGGAGGGAACGUUCCCAGAGAACAGUUCACUGUGGUCAUGCUGACAUAUGAGCGUGAGGAAGUGCUGAUGAACUCCUUGGAGAGGUUGAAUGGACUACCGUACCUCAACAAGGUGGUGGUGGUGUGGAAUUCUCCCAAGCCUCCUUCAGACGACCUGCUGUGGCCUGACAUAGGGCUACCCAUUGUGGUCGUCCGCACGGAGAAGAACAGCCUCAACAAUCGCUUCCUUCCCUGGGAUGUCGUGGAGACUGAGGCCAUCCUCUCCAUAGAUGACGAUGCCCAUCUGCGUCACGAUGAGAUCAUGUUUGGGUUCAGAGUGUGGCGAGAGGCCAGAGAUCGUAUUGUCGGUUUCCCUGGGAGAUAUCACGCCUGGGAUGUCAACCACCAGUCCUGGCUCUACAACUCCAACUACUCCUGUGAGCUAUCCAUGGUCCUGACAGGAGCAGCGUUCUUCCACAAGUAUUACGCCUACCUGUACUCAUACGUGAUGCCCCAGGCCAUCAGGGACAUGGUGGACGAGUACAUCAACUGUGAGGACAUCGCAAUGAACUUCCUGGUCUCCCACAUCACCCGCAAACCGCCCAUUAAGGUAACGUCGCGUUGGACUUUCCGCUGCCCCGGCUGCCCCCAGGCCCUGUCGCACGACGACUCUCAUUUCCACGAGCGCCACAAAUGCAUCAACUUCUUCGUCAAGGUGUACGGCUACAUGCCGCUGCUGUACACGCAGUUUCGAGUGGACUCGGUGCUGUUUAAAACCCGCCUGCCGCACGAUAAGACCAAAUGCUUUAAGUUCAUCUAGCGGUGCGCCGAGCGGAUGGAGCAGCAAGCACACAUGGAAGAGACAGGAUGGACGCACACCCCCAGACGUGGGGGGGGUGUGGCUUUAGAAGAGACCCACUGAAGCUGGUGGCUCGUGAUCUUCUCCACACCUCCCCCUCAGGGCCUCACUGCCAGCCAGAAGAAAAAGCCCUUCAAGUGGACUGACGUCCGCUUUUUAUGUUCUUGUCAUCAUGCUUCGUGGUGAACCACUACAGAUGAUUUUUUUUUUUUUUUUUUACUCCACUUGCUGAGGAAAGGAUGUACAGAGUGUACAGAAAUAAGAUUAAACUCUACCUACAGACGGAGCCAUCGCCAGAGGACUCACUGCUCGCCUGGCGUCGGCCUGCACAGUCUCAUUGCCGCUCUGCGUUUGUGUCUUUUUCAUUUCACAGUAACAAACUCUGAACUCUACUUCUUGUCUGUGAGACAAGCACUGAUUGUCACAAGUAUUACUGAGCUUUUUUCUUUUUUUUUUUUUUUUAGUUUUGAUAUUGUUUAAUUGUGUCUAAAUCUCCCAAUAGGGCUGACUUUUUUUGUUCCCGCCCCGGAGGUGUCUGUUCUUAGUCUGACCUACAAGGUAGGACCUCGACCGAAGAACAUUUAUUCGAAUAGGAGUCUGCUUCAGCAAGUCACCAUAAUGCCUCGAUUUCGUCAUGGAAACCAGCCACCCAGUUGUUUAGUUGUGUGCGCCCAAGCGGCCUGCUUUUGGAAGCCACCGUGUGUUUUUAUCAAGGAGUGUUAGAGCCACACUGACAAGAACACAAACCAGUGCUACUAGAAUAGCAACCCAAUUAGAAAAAAGUCAUAAUUGUACAAGAAAGGUAAUACAUAAAAUGAGGAUAAUGUUGUAAUAUUACAAGGAAAAAGAAUCUUCUGUUUCUUCCGUUGUUUACAGUAUUGGCAGUCAGCAGGCAGCUGACAUGGUUUGCUAGUUUGGUCGCCAUGGCCGUCGACAUAGGUAGACGCCGCCGCCAUGUUUGACGUGUCAAGGCUGCGCUUUAAACGGAUACACGUAAAUGUACUUACUUUCACUUAUGGCCUUUCUACAAAUAAAUGUAAGUUCUUUCCUCUGGUUUAUACAUUCACACACACACACACACACACUAAUAUACUUGGGAACCAGUGAGGCACCAAAAACAAUGUAUUUGAUCUUCUCAAAUUUUUGUUGCCAAGUGUGUUAGUGCGUGUGUGAAUGUAUAAACGAGAGGAAUUAACGUAAAUGUCUUUGUAGAAAGUAAGUACACUUACCACUGUCCACUUACAGCAGCCUCGACACAUCCAGUAUGGUGGCGACGGCGACGUAUCGCCGCAGUGGACAAACCCACUCCACGCGGCGUCUAUCUGUCUCUACGGCCACGACCGCAACAGGAGACGGCACGUAGGAGAUUGAGUGACAGUGGUCUACAGCCAAUCAGGACACAGAAGACGAUGGGCGGUGCAGAGAGAAGAGAGAGAAUAGAGAGACACGGCCGCCUGUGCUAAAGCAGACAACUACCAAACGCAACUUCCCACAAUGCCAUUCUUCUUCACAUCAUAAUUGCACGAAAAAAUCCGCGAAAGGUGAACCGCGAUUGAGCGAGGGAACACCACCUGCAUCGCAAGAGUGGAAGAUAAGUGUUGUUCUCUAAUGGCUAGAAUUGGCCCAUGAAGUCGAGAAGUCAUGGCUUGUAAUUGUCCUGUUUUCUUUUCAACGUGGUUCUAAUAUUCCUUUGUAAUUUAAUUGUUUCAAAAAAAAAUUGUAAUUACUCCAAGUAAUGAUUGGUGGUCCUGUCCCUUUCUGAUGUGGACAAUCCCAGCUGCCAAACACCACAAGAAGACUUUUCAUUUGCGUUUCUCCCGGUCAACUGUUUAGAGAAAAACAUGGAGUCUUCUGGUGUUCCAGUCGUCCUGUCCGUGUAUGUUCACCCACUUGUACAGAACUCUCCCACCACAGAUGUGUAUGUCACUUUACAGUGUCGCCAUAUUGGUUCCACUUUAUUUCUUUCUAUUUGUUUGUUUGUUUUUAAUGCUCUGAAUGUUUUCUUUGCCAAAAGGUACGAUGUUUGCUGCUUCCCAGCCUCAGCGCUUGGCAGAGGAAAUGCAGUCCGGUACGCCCACAUGAAUUAAGACUACUCUGCAAGCUACUUGAUCCAUUUCACCCAUCAUGUUUACGAUCCCAAAGUCCUUUUUAUUUUAUGGAAAUUUCAACAAAAUAGGUCCCCUAAGUUGCAAAGAGAGGUUUAUUCUGUCAGGAUGCUUUUUAUGAAACACAUUGUCAAAUCAAUGGCACCUGUAUAUUUAUUGACUUUUUUAUUAUUAUUAUUAUUAUUAUUAUUGACUGAAUGACACAUGCAAUAAACUGACAGGACGAUGUAGUUUACUAUCUCUGAUGUCAAAGAGGUCCCAGAAUGCCAAGGAAAACUAGCUUGUGCCAUUUUCCUCUGGAAGGGGGAUCUCAUGAUAGCAUUGGUGUCCAAGUAGGGACCAUUUACACGCAGAUGUGCUACAAUUCUGUCAAGCAUUUUUUCCCUUUUCACUUUUAUUGGAGCCCCAGGGCCUUCCUAACCACUUUGCUCCACAGCCCUUUCUGAGGCACUGAAUGGUUCAGCUGGUAUUUUGGAAGUUUAAUCCUCCCAUUCCGCCAGUUUUUUUUUUUCCCUUCCUCGAGGGGGUUUGUGGCACAGCUGGUUUUCCACGGCUCAGAGCAGGGAAAUUUCUGCGGAAUGCUGCAGUCGUUCUGCAAGGUGCACAGAGUAGUCAAACGUACGCGCGCUCGUCCUUAAGUGUGUGGAAGAGGCUUGUUCUGAACCAGCAGGAGAUGAGAGGCGGGUGAAUGGAAAUAAAAACCGAAGCUUUGAGUUUUUGUCUCGAUUCAAACUGGUCAUCUGCUUUGUUAUUGUUGCGUUUCUUUUUUUUCCCCAAUUACAUCUAAUGAACGUCAUUGUAAUGAAAUCGUGUGUGAGCGAUUCCAUGCAGGAGGACUGCAGCCCACAGACAAAAGGUUCCUCCUGGACACGUGUUCAGAAGACGUGGCUCGACACGAAGACAACAGCAGGUCUGAUUGACAAAUUUCUUGCAGUACAGUUACAUUCUCCACUCUCCGUUCACGUGGAACGAGCACGUAAGACCAAGCAGCCUACACGGCCUGAUGGUCUGUUUGCAUAUCUCUCACCAGAGAAUGCCGUGCUUGGGCCUGAAUGGACACGGCCGACCUGUCAGAAGGCUGAAUGGUGAAACAGACUGUUUGACACAAGAAGGAAAGCCGCUCUUUUGUUUUGAGGAAGACUCUGCAGGGACACAAUAUUGCUUGCCUCAUGUAAGUCAGGGGUGUCCAAAAUGCGGCCCGCGGCACAUUAGAAGAAUGUUAUCGAGCAAGAAAACAAACAAAAGGAAAACGAGUAAAACGGAAAAAUCUGCAGUAAUUCUGCAAGAAUAAAGUAAAGUAACAAGUUGCAAUCUAACAAGAAAAAGGCCUAAUUUCAUGAGAAUAAAGUAAAUAUGAGGAAAAACUAUGUAACUUUAGUGGCAUAAAGUUGAGAUGUGACGGCAGAAAUUUUCCAAGAGUCAAAUAAUCAGAGAAAAAGUCGUAUUCUAACAAGAAAAUAAGUUGCGCUUUUACGGGAAUAAACUAGCAGGAGGAAAAAAAUGUAAGUUAGUGGCAGAGGUGAAAUAUAAGGACAAAAUAGUUUUAUUUCUAUGGGGCGGCAUGGAUCAGGUGGUAGAGUGGGCGUCUCCCAGGUUGUGGGUUUGAUCCUCCUCCAUGAUCAUGGCGAAGUAUCCUUGGGGAAGAUACCGAACCCCCAGUUGUUGCGUCGUAAUAUGAGAAACAAAACAAUUAUAAUUUUUGGAAAACUAGUUUAGGGAAAAAGUUACAUUAUUACUGCAAUAAAGUCCAAAUAUUAUGGGAAUAAAGUUAUAUCACAACAAGAAAAUUUAUAUAAGAAAGUGGAAAUAUUUUAGGAAAAAAAGCAACAGCAAAAAUGGGGAAAAAAAAAACUUUACGAGAAUAAAGUUGUAAUAAACAUGAGGAAACAGUGUCAUUUGAGUCGCAUAGAGUUGAACUAUUACAGAAAAAUAUGUCAUUUAUUCAUAGGAUGCAAUGUGAGAAACAAAACAAAGAAUAAAGUUGUAAUUUUUGGAAAAUUAGGUUGGGGGGGUUGUCAGUUAAAGAUGAUAAAAUUAGGAGAAUGAAAUCAUAAUUACGAGAAAAAAUUUACAACAGAAAAGUUGAACCAGUUGGAAAAUAAACAAAACAAAAGCAGAAAUGGAAAAAAACAGCUGUCAUUUUACAAGAAUAAAGUCAAAAUAUUGAGAGAAAAAAAGUCUUAAAGGGAUGAGAUUAAACUCUGUAUUAUGGGGGAAAAAUAAUGUCAUUUUAGUAACAUUCCACCUAUAUCACGAGGUGGAAAUGCAUUUGUUUCGUGAAAUUUAUAUGAGCUCUAAGCAUAGUACAGUACAUGUGUUGCUGUACAAAAUAUCAAAGUGGCCCUUGCAUCCUUCCAUUUUUCAGUGUGUGGCCCUCGCUGGAAAAGGUUUGGACACCCCUGAAGCAAGUUCGGAAAUGCUUUCAUCCUAUCUGGUAAACCUCUUGACUGAUAACAAACGAUGACUCUUGCAUAAUGUGGUGCAUGUAAACAAACUGCACAAGAAGCACAGCUCGUGAGCAAAGUUGCAGCAUGUGGUAGGCCCUUUUUGUUUUUGUGUGUGUGUGUGUGUUCUUUUUUUUUUUUUAACAGUCGAUGCAUUUUUGCUUGUGAC